AUGCAAACCAGUCAACCACCACAGGCAAUUCUCACUUCUUCCAAACAACAACAACAAUUACCUUUGACAUUUCUUGGAGAUAAUUUGUAUGUGAGAUAUGGAAUAGCAGGAGGUUUGAGUGCAUUCUCGACCCAUGCCAUUAUGGUUCCUUUGGAUGUCGUUAAAACUCGAAUUCAAAUCGAGCCCACCAAAUACAACAAGGGAAUGGUUUCAGCUUUUCAAACCGUUUUGCAACAAGAUGGUAUGAAAGGACUCACUUUGGGCUUCACUGCCACGGCCUUUGGUUACUUUAUUCAGGGCGCAUGUAAAUUUGGAUUCUUUGAAGUGAUCAAGCAAGGAAUCAUGAAUCGGAUUGGAAAGGAACGAGUGAUGAGUGGCGAUUUGAAAUAUUUGCAAUUUCCAAUUUAUGUCUCUGCGUCGGCAUUGGCUGAAGCCAUUGGAACAGUCAUGUUGAGUCCAUGGGAAGCCAUUCGUAUCAAAACAGUGAAUCAACCUGAAAAGUAUGGCUCUAUGAAUGUUUGGAGAGGACUUGCCACGAUUGCACGAGAAGAAGGUGUUUUGAAUGGUUAUUUCAGAGGUCUUGUGCCAAUUCUUCUCAAACAAGUACCCUACACAGUGACUCAACUCACUGUGUUUAGUUAUGCCACCGAGUAUUUCUAUCGUGGAUUGUUACCACAUUUUGGCAAAUCAAAGAAUGAUUUGAAUACUUCACAACAAUUGAAUGUGAGUUUGGUCUGUGGUGUGAUCGCAGGUCUCACAAGUGCCAUCGCUUCACAUCCUGCUGAUACGUUGUUGUCGCUCGUGAACAAACCAGGAGAGACGAGAAGUGUUUUGGAAAUUUUGAAAAGCAUUGGUUUUAGGGGAGUUUGGGCUGGCAUUGUUCCAAGAUGCAUCAUGGUGAGCACUUUGAGUGCUGCCAUGUUUUUGGUGUACGAUGGAACGAAGGUGUUUUUAGGCUUACCAACGACAGGUGGAAAGUAA